AGCAAACUAGUAAAGCGCGGAAUACGAGAGUUUAAAAUCGAGAACCUACGUAAAAGAACUUUGGUCGGUCGUAAAAUUAUCGUUUAUUUUGUAAGUUUUUACUGACUUGGAUUGGAUUGGUAAAACCUUACAUCAUAAUGAGUUUUGGAGUAAACAAGAAGGAUUCAUCACCUUCUUAUUACCGUCAUAAAGAUGAUCAACAGUUGAAUCUUAGCCCGCAAAGCUGUUCGAAACUUCAGGUGUUAGAUCAGGGGGAGCGUCGGCAGAGUGAGCCUUUACCGUCCGCUGUUACGACCCAGACUACAAGCACAAUGGCACACGUUGGUCAGUCAUCAUCAAACUCUCUUUCUGUUCCAUCUCUGCCGAGACACAGGGCCAAUUCUGGUUCUAAACUUGAGAGAAUGGUAUUACAGCCCAUCGUUUACAGUCUUAUGUACUUUGGGAAUGUGGUCUUGGAUCGAAGAAUCACCCAGCCGAUGUUGCCAUGGUUAAUUGAUGAGAAACAGAGGAAUGGUAAACUGGGGCAUGCAAUCAUCCUCCAAAUAUCUUCAAAGGGUGCCCUUGGUAUUUCUGAGAGAAAGGGGUCUAUCGUCUUCGAGCAUCGUCUGCAUAACAUUUCUAGAUUCUCAAGAGGGCAGGAUAAGAAAGGUUUUGGGUACCUCUGGAGACCUGACUCAAAUUCUAACUUCAGAUGUUUUGUUUUCCGUGCUUGCACUGAUCAACAUGAUCAAGUGGUGAAUGACGUUGUGACGAGCAUACGGGAAUCAGACAAGGAGAACAUCCCGCAGUCAGCCCAAGCAGAAGGAAUCACUGAAGUGAUGGACAUCCUGAAGGAGUCCAACUCCUCUAUGUUUGAGGUUCUUUAUUGUGGCAAGAUAUCUGUUAGUCACAAAAGAGCCCCUCCUACCUUCAUUGAUGAGUCCAUAGAGAAAUUCAAAGAGCAUGAGAUGAUGAUACAGCGGCGAAAGCGGCACUUCUCUUCUGAUGAUCGACAGCGUUCCCUAUCUGAUGCAUCACCAAAGAAGUCAUCCUCUCUUGAUAUCGUGGAGGAAGACAUAUCAAAGUCGCACUCUGACAUUGAUCUUCCAUCAGUUAUCCAGAACAUUCAGAACAACAACUCAAAUGACUCCACACUUACCAUGGAAUUACCACGAAAGUCAUCCCUACCCUUGACAGACAAUCAGGUUUCAAGACUCCAGGAAGACUCACCAAGGAAAAAUUCCCUGCCGCUGUCAGGUUCUCAGGAUGUCGACUCGGGUGCGACAACAGGUCGCACAUUUGGAACACUCCCACGGACAGACUCUUUUGCCAAGUUGAUGGCAGCCAAAGAAAGUACUCAUAAUCGAACAAUGGUAUUCCAGAUAGGAAGGAGUACACUGACAAUCAUCAGUCUGGACAAGAAAUCCUUUGCACUUACUAAGAAAUUCAGUGAGAUCUCCUUCUGCUCCCAGGGCAUAAAACAACCUGAGUACUUUGGGUUUAUCUGUCGGGAGAAGUCUUCAAGCCUCAACUACAUGUGCUAUGUUUUCAAGUGCCAGAGUGAAUCCGUGGUUGAAUGUAUAAUGAACACAUUGAGACAGGCUUUUAAUGCAGCUCUUCAUCACAACAAACUACACAUUAUCUGUGAAACCUGCCCCAUGCACAAACUACACAAGUUCUGCCAAGAAGUAGAAGGUCUAAAUGAAGAGCUGGUUUGGACUCGUCUUCAGCAACAAAUAUCAGCCUUGGGAGUGUCUUCUUCAAAUACAUUUGCACUGCAGAUGAGAAAUUGUCAAGUUUCAAGCCAGCAGGAGCAGAACCACCUUGCCAUGAUGUUUCUAAUGAAAGUGUGUGAACAACAACAACAGAACCAUACUCAUAUUAGUGAUGAAAUCAAACAAAAGGAAGUGUACAAGUCAGAUUCCAAUAGACCAACCACAUCCAAGCUGGAAUCUUUGAAGAAAGCCAAGAAGUCUCUGACUAGUUCCUUUGAGAACCUCCUAACUAGAAACAAACAUCGAAGUAGUCCUGGUCCUGACAGGCUUGUCCUACAAAAUGGGAGAGAGGAGUCACCUACUGGUUCCCCUUGCGCCACCCCACCCCCUCUACCCAACCUUGUAUCACCCCUAACCAGCCCCUCGUCAACCACUUCUACCACUUCUACUGCUUCUUCUACCACCUCCGGUGAGAAUACAGAUAUUCCAGAGGGGAGGAGGCCCCCACCCCACCCCUCCCAUCACCCCCAGCCCCACCCUCAUAACCCGAAUCAUCCCCAUCACCCUACCAAGCAGCAAUCAGCCGAUGCUGGACAGUCUUCCGUUAUCACCCCGUUACCGAUGAGGCAGAGGAGUAGGACGUUAGGAGACACGCCCCUCACCCCGACCACGCCCACCUCACCAAGGGCCACGUUUCAGUUUGAAGGGGAUCAGUUCAAAGCCCUCAGAGCCCCUAAGCAGAAGCCACCCCUGAUCAGGGCAAUGAGUGUAGGUGGAAGAGCACAUCUUCUGAGCUCCCCAGGACAUAGCCCCCGUACCCCAUUGAUGACCUCUAGCACCCGUACCUCAUGGCGUCAGGCAAUCUUCAACCGAGUUGUGACACCGAUGAGUGAGAGCAAGGCACCACCUCGUUUUCCAGACCAGAGCGAGAGUGUGUUCGAGGAGGAAGAGGAAGACAAUGAGGAAAAGAAGGAAUCUAAAUCUAGUCCUGUCGUCAAGAGAUUCACCUCCAGACUAGCAGUGAGGGCGCUCUGGCAACGAGCCAUUAGGGAACAGAUUAUACUCAAUCGUAUGGAUAAAGAAAACAAGAGAAUACAAGCUCGCCAAGAUGCAGUGAUUGAGAAGAAGAUGAAGUUGGACUAUGAAGAAAUCACACCAUGUCUGGUACAGGUCACAAAACAAUGGGAUAAACUCAUUGCUAUACCUAACAGAGCAAACACCAUCAUACCUUAUGAUGAAAUCAAUACCUUAUUCAAAGAAGGUGUACCGAGGACGAGACGAGGUGAUAUUUGGAUGAUGUUAUCUGAACAGCAUCUAUUAAGAAUGGUCCCUGGAGCAUCUCAGAUACCGGAAUCUGAACCAUACACAGAGCUUCUAAAACAACUCACAACACACCAACAUGCUAUCCUCAUUGACUUGGGACGCACUUACCCAAACCAUCCAUAUUUCUCCAAUGCUCUUGGUCGUGGUCAGUUAUCUCUCUUCAAUCUUCUGAAGGCCUAUUCACUCCUUGAUGCAGAGGUCGGUUACUGCCAAGGCCUCAGCUUUGUGGCUGGAAUUCUUCUCAUGCAUAUGGAAGAACAUGAUGCCUUUAAGAUGUUGACCUAUCUCAUGUUUAGCUGGGGUUUUAGAAGACAGUAUAAACCAGACAUGACAGCUCUACAGAUCCAGAUGUAUCAGCUUUCACGUCUCCUUCAUGACUUCUAUCAUCGUCUACACAAUCACCUGGAGCAGAAUGAAGUGGCUCCAUCUCUUUAUGCAGCUCCUUGGUUCCUGACACUUUUUGCCUCUCAAUUCCCUCUUGGCUUUGUCUCAAAGGUCUUUGAUCUGAUCUUCCUUCAAGGGUUUGAGGUGAUCUUCAAGGUAGCUCUUGUCAUCCUUGGUAGCCAUGAAGAACUGAUCCUACAAUGUGAUGGCUUUGAGUCUAUCAUUGACUUCAUCAAGAAUCAAUUACCAUCCCUUGGUAUCGUCCAGAUGGAGAAAGUCAUUAACAAGGCUUACCACUUGGACAUUUCAAAGGAACUUCAUGCCUAUGAAGUCGAGUACCAUGUUAUUCAGGAGGAAAUGCUGCCCUCGCCUGUCCAACCAAAGUCUAUGCAGCGAGACAUCGAUCAGCUGGAAUUCAGUAAUCGUAACCUACGUCGUCAUAACAACGAGCUCUUAGAACAACUUCAGUCUACACACAAUACAAUACAGAAUCAGAGAUCUCUACUGCAAACAAAACAGACAACCGAGAACAAUCUGCGAUUGGAAAUCCGGAACUUGAACCUGGAGAGGGCAGCUCUUCUGGACACCAUCGCUAAGUUACAGGCCCUUAUCCCAGAGAAUAUUCUUAGCAAUGCCAGUCUAGACCUAAUUCAACCAAAGAGAGAUUACAAGUGCUAUGACAGUGAAUCCUCUCACCAGACCAUAGAGAGUGCUGCCGGGGGUGGAGACAAUCUGUCCAUCGACACCGACUCCAUUGAAGACAUCGAUGGGGAGGUCGCAGCCAUCAACAAAGUACUUGCUCUGAAGGAAGAGAGGUCUAGGAAUAAUAGUGGUGGAAGCAUUGGAAGCGGACAGAGUGCGAGUACAAAUACAAGCGAGGCAGAUAUUCCAUGUAUUAUGAUCACAGACACUAAAUCGAUAUCGUCACUGUGAAAGUGAGCUGAUGAGGAAGGCUUUAGAACCAAAGAGAUUUCAAAGGUAUUAAUGAGAAGAGAUGAGGAUUAAAAGCAGUAGAUAGGGGACAGGUAGAAUCAUAGUUUGGAAGAUAUCUGUUUUAAUCAGAGGGAAGAAAAAGUGAAAAUAAAGGGUUGAGAAAGAUUCUUCAACCAUUCUUCUGUUAAACCUGAUUGAUUAGUAAAAGCAAGAAAGACUGUACCUCUGUUAAACUUUAUGAUGAUGAAAAUGAGGAAUUGAGCAAGGCAAUAGGACCGUACAUGUACCUCUGUUAAACUUGAAUGACUAUGAAACGAAUCUGAAGAGAUUAAUGUAGGCUCUGUACAAAUAUAAUUCAACAUUGUACAGAUUAAAAAAGGAUGAAGGAUUCAAAUUUAUUGUUUGUUAAUGUAAUGUAAAUAAUAUAUUGAUUAAGCUAAAGCUUUAAAUAGAUUUAUUCUUGUGCUGUUACAAUCUAAGAUUGGCAUUAGUGUUUAUGUAAAUCAUUUUGUUUUGUAUUUUUUCUGUUUGUUAAUAUGAUUUAGUGGCCUUUAUGUGUGCAGGAAACGCCAUUCAAACACAUGCUCUUCCAUUUACUUGAAAGAAAGAUCUGAUCUGAAAUAAGAGAGCCUAGAUAGAAUAAACAUUUUUUUUAAUCUGAUAUUUCUUGCUUAUGUCUACCUUGUGUGCAUUUGUGAUUAACCUUUUUGGUGGAUCCCCUGUUCUAUGGGAAAUUGUUUUAUUUUCAUAAAGCUCUACUUGUAAAUAGCAUUUGUAUAAAUGUUCAUACUGUAUGUCUUCAAGAAGAAUAUUUUCUGUAUUUCAACUACUGUACUGGUACAGUUUGUUAAAAGUGAUGGCCUACAUGUAUAUUUGUGUGUGAUCAGUAAAGAUUAAGCUUUAGAAUAUAUUAUGUUAAAUAGUUAUAUCAAAAGAUUGAUCCCAAAGUUAAUCUGUUAUCAAGGCAUUGUACAAAUGUUUUGCAAUCAAUUGCUUAUUUGAAAUGAUGAUUCUGAUUGGCUGUUGGUCAUGCCUUUGAACUAAACAUGCAUGCCAGGAUGAUCUUGAUUGGUCACUAAUUUGCAAGUGUUUAUAAACCUUUGUGUUACAGGAAUAGAUGUUAAUAAAGUUUAUAAUUAAGUUUAAAUGAAUAAAGCAAUUUACUUCAAUAUUGGACACAUUUUAGCUGUAAUAGAAUUGUUGAUUGUAAGUGAUUUUUUUUUAUAAGAAGGUAAAUUAAUUAUUAUGAAUUUUAUUGACAGAUGUUUAGAUUUUGCCUGUGCAUUCUUGCAAACAUUUUAUGGAUAUAACUGAGGUUUGGAGAUAGUGUUCACAUUGUGUGAUAUCAUAAAUAGUGUUGCCAUGAUAACAAAACCUUUAACUGUUUAGAAGAUAAUUGAGCACAGCUUGCAUGAGACAUGCUGGCUUCUGUCUCCUUUUAGAGUUCCAAAAUCCAACAAUCAACAGAAUCAAAAAGUUAAAGACUUUAUUUCAUUGAAACUACAGGUUAAGACUUCAUAUAUUUUUGUAGCUAUUAUACCCCCAAAUUGUUCUCCCAAUAUUAUCUUAUGGACACUUGUGCAGCACAGUAUUACUGUAAUUUCAAAGGAAUUGAAGAAUAACUGCACAUAUAUGCUUUAGAAUUCAUGCAUCAUUGUGAAUUCAAUUUAAUUUGAUGACCUUGUGUACUUUCAUACGAUGGUAUGUACCAAAGUUUUUUUUCUAAUUCUAUUCUAUUUGUUUUGUUUGUCUUCCUCAACAUUUCUUCAUCUUUUAAUCCUCUAAUUUUUUCUGCCCCUUUUCAUUCUCUUUUCUUUUAUUUCUUUUUACUUUCUUCUCUUAACUUUUCAUGACUUUGUUUCUCUUCUUUUUUAAAAUUCUGUCUCCCAUUUAUUUCUUACCCGCUAUUCUUCUCUUCUUAAUUCUCUCUUCUCCUCUUAUCUUUUUUGCUAUUUCUUCUCAGCUCUUAUAUCCUUUUCCUGCUUUUCUGCUUCUCUUCAUUGCCUCUUUUGUCAUUCACUGGUUUUCUCUCUCUAUCUAUCUUCCCUUAUCCCUCCUGUCAUUCUCUUCCAUUCUUUCAUUCAUCUCUUUUUUUUCUCAGUAUUUCCUUCCCAUCAUGAGCUGCAUUGAUGUCUUCCAGUGAUUCCAUGACCUGUGCUUCUGUUCCCAUGGAAACCUGCCAGUCACAAACCUAAUAACAAACCAAAUGUUAACUCAAAUCCUUGCAAUAUCAUUCUAAUCACAUUGUUAUCCUUAGCAUGUCUUUUAGGGGAAAUGAGUACAGAAACAAUGGCUGGAGUAGCAAAUGUCUCUUCAACAUCCUUGCACUUAAGUCCUUUAGACUACUUUAUCUCUGAAGAUUUUUGGCAGUCUUUGUAUGUUGCAACCAUUUACCGGUAUGUGACUUUAAUAUGGUGAUGAAUAUGGUAAAAUAAGCAAUAGAAGAACUCAGUAUAGACCAUGGUAUGAUAAGAGUAAGACAUGUCCUUGGCAUUCCAGUGCUGAAUUUCUAUUAUCUAUCGCUCAUUGUUUGUUUCCUUUUGUGUGCAGUAUAAAGUAAUUGUAAGUCAUCAUAACAGGAAAAUUUACCUAGAGAGGAAAAAAGAUGAGGAGAAAAUGGUAGCAGAUUGUUAGUACCCAAGAUUAAGAUGUUUUUACCCCUUUGGUCCAUACUAAUAUUUGAUCGGUAUUAAAGGUGUUAUUUCAUAUAUCAUGUGGAUUAAUGUAAAUGAGUAUGAAUACCUAUAAUAACAGAUUUCAGGCAAAGAUCAGCUGAAUAAGUAUGCAUGUAACCUAUUAUUAUUCUACUUCCACUUAAUUGUUUGAAUAGGAUGAUCCAUUGCUAAAUGGACAGCUUGUAAUGUACUCAAAGCAUUGUGAACAUCUAUAUUGCUUUCAUUGUAUUUUUACCAUUAUCACAUCUUAUCAUGUUUGUUUGGUAAAUGAUUCUUUCUAUUUUGUUUCUAUGAAGGGAUUUACUCGACAACACCCGAUGGAGGCUAUGUGUGUGCAUUUAAAACAGUAAACAAACAUACAUGGUACUUUGAUAAUUACUCGUAAAAUAUACCUGUCAUUGUGCUCUGCUAUUUUUUUUAUAUAGAUUUUAUUAUUUCAUCAAUAGAUUUUCUUAUUUCAUCAGCGCUACCUAAGAUCCAAGCAAAGAAAAAUUUGCUAUACAGUGACACUUUAUCAUUAUUAGUUUUGUUUCAUUAACAAAGAGUUUGUAUAUUUAUAUAGUUGUUUUUGUGUAUAUCAUUAUUUUACUGAUAACAUUUGAUUUUUUGGAAUGUAUUGUUUGAAAGCCAUAAACGAUAUAGUUACUCAUUCAUAAAAAAAUUGUUCUACUAGUAUACUAUAAAUCUUGUGACUCUUUCUUGAAUUGAAAGCUUAUAUUUACCUACAUAUAUUAUCAUUAUCAUUACAUCUCAGUUUUUUUUGUUCCUGUGCAAUUAGAACAGAUUUCCUUUUUUCUGUGAUCGAGUAUUUUAUAAGUUUUCACACUAUAUAUGUUUUGUGAAGGAAAUAUUGUGAUAAUGAUAAUUUUUUUCUUUUUGUUAAUUACAUCCAAAGGGGACAAGAAAUUAUCUCAAUAUAGAUUCAAUUAUUAUGUUAACUGCAUUUCUUCAUUGAGGUUGAGAGUGCCUUUUUUCAUUUUAUUUUGUGCUAAAGUAUGACAUAUUUGAAUGAGAAUCACAUGUUUUUUUUUGCCAAUGUCUGAUUUGGAACAUUCUCAUUCUUGUAAAGAUUGAUAUAGUUGUAUCAUUUAUGUAAUUGUGCUAAUACUGAUAUCUUAGCCAUUGUAUUUGAUAAUUACUUGUGUGUAUUGUAUGUAUUUUCUCUGUAAUCAUAUCAUAUUUUAUUUUUAACCAAGUGAAAACCUGUAAAUGUCAAUAUGAAUGUAAUCUUAAACACUGAAAUUAUUGCUCUAAUAUAAAGGUAUUUUUUGGUUUAUGUUAUUUAUCUUGAAAUGAAUAUGACUGCACAGUGAUCAAUUAUGAAUUAAAUGAGUUUACUUUGAAGAAACCGUUACAUGUACAUGAAAUAAGAAAAUGUAUAUAUUUUGAUCAUUGCCAAGUAAUGGUUAAAACAGAUUCAAGUUCUUCACUUUUGAUGACAUCACACAUGUUCAAUUAAAGUACUAAGAAUCUACCAAUAAAAUUUGUUGAAUGGUA